CCGCGCGGAAGAUUGGCCUCUCGGCGGCUCGUAGCUUCCCCGGCAACCGGCGGGAAGCGGGGCCGCCAGGUGAGGGGCGGGGGGCGCCGCCAGCGCCGGGCUCCAGCCCUGCGGUAGCGCCUCUGCCUAGCGGGGGCCGAGCCCCGGGGCGGCGCAGACCCGCAGGGAGCUCCCGGCCCCCUCGCCCGCGGGCGCUGCGCGACCGCCCCUCCCGGCGCCGGGCUUGGCCCUCGGGGCCCGGAGCAGGGGGGUCGCCGCGGCCGCCGGCCCGGCCCGGCCCCUGACGGUGAUGGUGCUGGGAGCCCUUCCCUUUCCUUUCCUUCCCUGGCCCAGCUGCGCUGCGGGAGGGCUGUCACUCAGCCGGUAAUGUUACAAGAAUGUCGUCAAGCAUCCGAAUAAAACCAAAGGCUGCAAUACAGAAAAGGAAGACAUCUUCUCCUUUGGCUUGUUCUCCAGAACCUGCAAUUAAGCCACAGCCAAAGCCUAGUGACAAACUGAAUCCCAAAACUAUUGAUCCGUUUGGUGAUUGUUCUAGAGCACCUUCCGCGUUUGCUGCUAUUUAUGCUAAAGGUGGUGUUCCAUGCAGGCUAAUGCAUGGCGCAGUAAAGCACAGACUACAAUGGGAGUGCCUUCCUGAAACUGUUCCUUUCGAUCCUCUUCUUAUAACUUUGGCAGAGGGCCUAAGAGAGACAAAACAUCCCUACACAUUUGUUUCAAAGGAAGGUUUUAAAGAGUUACUUAUGGUUGAAGAUGCUGCUGAAAAAGCAGUUCCCUUGUUGCCUCGUCUAGUUCCAGUGUUAAAGGCUUCAUUGGCUCAUUCAGAUGAUGAAGUAUUCGAAAGAGGACUGGAUGCUUUAGUUCAGCUGAGUGCUGUUGUUGGCUGUUCUCUUAAUGAUCACCUUAAGCUUCUACUCACAAAUCUUUCAAGGAGAUUAAUGGACAAGAAGUUUAAAGAAAAAAUAACUGUUGCUUUACAAAAGUUGGAGCAAUAUGGUGGAAAGGCAACUGUUGCUAUCAUCAAAUUGAAAAUUCCCACCUAUUGUUCUAUCUCCUCUUGAACAAGAAAUCUGCAAUGAUUUGCACUGCAAGGUGAAGCUUGGAGAAAAACUGCCUGUGAACACCACUGAUGUGUAUUUGGGGUAUCAUAUAUUCUCUUACUUCAGUAGGGCUGUGGUUAGUGUAUGAUGAUGGAGAGUGGGAACAGUCGCAUCAGUUUGUGAAAAUGUAAUUAUGAAAGACCAUUUAAAAUAAUUAUCUCUAUGUUGGCUGGUAUUUAUUUGUGCACUUCUGUGCUUACAAUGCCAUUGACUAAUUGGCUCUUUUUUCAAAAAUGUAGUCAAUAUUGAUUUGUAUUUUGUUGUAAACUAAAUUGCCUUUAAUAACUCUGCAGUGCUUAAAAUGUUUUAUAUGUUUGUGUGAUGUAAAAUAAUUUGACUGUAACUACUUAAAUAGUAGCAAAUCUAGUGUUAAAUUAAAUGUAUAUAUUUAUAUUUGAAACAUCUAACUGCUAUUUGUGCUGCAGACACAGAUGACCCCAGUUUGGAUUCAUCAGGAUAGAUGUAGAUCUGUGAGAACUCAGCUCGACUUUUGCAGAGUCAGCUUUUACAGAUGUGAAGCUCAAGGUACCAAACAGGCAGCAAACACUGCAGAAUUGAGCCUGCUCAGUGCAGCAGUGUUCUCAGCACAGUGUUCGUAUUGCUGGGGAGACAAUACAAACACAGUACAGAGGCAUCAAGGCAUCAGGUUACUCCAUGUAGGUGCGGCCUAGGUGUUGCUGGACUAAUUCAUUCCAGUGAGGUAAGUAUAAGCAAAGGGAACUUUUAUUUUUUUUCAGUGCCAUACCCCCCCUUGCAUUCAGUUCUGUAAUGCUGCAGAUGUGCUUGGGACUAGCUUGUGAAUUAGCCUUGGAAAAGCUAAAAAGCUUUGAAAUGUGGAAGCUGUGGGGAAACAUGUGCUAAAGACAAAAAGACUGCAGAAGCCAACUUACCUGGCAGUCAAGCCCUGUAGGAUGCAGCAUUUGUUUAUGAGCAUACUGGAGUUUGAUUGCAAAAUACUUCCCAAUAGGUCCUGUAAUAAAUACUAUGCGGAUUCGAUAUUGUUCCAAGUUACCCCAUGAGGGAGAGCUGACUGAAGUAAGUAAUAAAAUUUGCCAUAGCAUCUUUUUCCUGAGGCAUAUUAAAAUUCUGGAAACAAAUGUAAGUUGUUGAAAAUGAUAGUGGUGGUGUUUUUAAAAAAGUCAUCAAAAGAUGGUGUUGCAUAGGGAGUUAAAAAAAUACCUUGGUCAUGUGAAAACAUUUGUAGAACAGUUGGAAAAUUACCACUGGGUGGUUAUAUUAAAUUUAAUGGAAUGGUACUAAGAUUAGUUAAGAUGCAAGUACACGUAUUUAAGUUUUUAAAACUAAAUCAAUUUUGUUAUUAAAAAUGUUAAAUCUGAAGAAAUGCAACUAUUUUAACAGUACAAAAAAGCAACUAUU